AUGAGCACCAACCCACACACGUCCUUUAAUCUUAAUUUUGUCCUUGGAGUAUCGGGCAUUGACCCACAUAUGUGGCGUACACAACUCUCUUGUGAAGUCCACGUUCGUUUUCCUCAACUUCGUUAUUCUCCUAGCGGCCUCACUCCCACAAUCAUCAUUCAAUGGUUUUCGUCGACGUCGUGCCCAGCUAGAGGCCCGGUUAUAUCAAUUAACCGAUACUCCCAGCCAACAUAUGUUUCGUCGGUUACUCCGCAAACAACGUUGAUGUAUCCUUGUUAA